AUGGUGAUAGAUAAUGGCACCUUGUAUCAUACAUGUAUUUGUUGUGGUCAAUUCUGUGGUGAGGAAAUUCAACAGGCUAGUAGCCAAGAUAUAAGAAUGAUGUUGGCUAAUGUAAAUCCAUUCUGGAUAAUUACCGAUAUCUCUGUAUGGAGUAUUAUCUUCAUGCUUCUUAUUAUAUUCGCAAAUUUCUGCAUUUUUAUCAUUGUUUUUGAUGACUUAACUUAUCUGUGCAUCUUCAUAUGGGUUUAUCUUGCAAAAUUUUGGGAUUUUCAUUUUAAAUUACCACAACGCUGUAAGCUGAAAUCGAUGAAACAGUUUUUAGAGAAGCAUACAUUGUCAGAUUAUUACUAUACGCCUCGAAAUUUUUUCAUUUUUAUGGGGGGUCACUCAAGGCGAUUUUUAAAUGACAAAAGCGCCCGUGAAGUUCGACAUUUGGCCCGUUACAACAGAGAUUACCAAAAUACACAAACUCAAGCAAAGAAUACAUUAUUCAUGCAUUAUUUGAUCAAAAAGAUUGUUAGCACUGAUUCGGUACGAAUACGAUUGAAUGAUUUGCGAUUAAUGGAGUUUGAAGUGUUGACCCAAUAA